AUGUUCUUACUAUACGUUCUUGACGAAGUUGAAUUGGUAUGCCAUGAACAAACCACAGAUUUAAGCAAACUGGAAUCGCAUUUGAUUGUCCUUGAUAAAGUCGUAGGUCUGCUCAGAGAGUUAAGCCUGCCAGGUGUUUACGCGAUCCUCGAGACGAACGACUUAGAACAUUUAAAGGCGCUUUCAGAUGUGUUCGCAGAUAUCCUUUCUGGAAUGCAACAGCUCGUAUCAACACUGUCUGUAACACCAGCAACAGUUGCAGAGAAUGUUUGUGUGACUGACGGAAGAAACCCUGGGGAAGUUGGACGACCAAACAUUUGCAUUAAAUCUGAAGUUUUAGAAGAUCUGCGAAGCCUUGGUUUUUCCUGGACAAACAUGUCUAUGAUGUUGGGUGUCUUAAGAUGGACUAUUUCAAGAAGAGUUAAGGACCAUGGUUUGGAGGAAGUCAGGUUUGAAAAAAAACACAAAAAAACCAAAAACAGUCAGGUUUGUUUAUAG